UAAUAUAAUAAUAAUAAUAAUAAUAAUAAUAUUUAUUAUCUCCAGAAAAAUUACAUUCCAAACAGUUAACUAAGAUAAAUGUGGGGAAUAAUAGGCCAUAUUUGCAGCAUCCCGCGCAAGCAUGAGUGCUGUUGAGGCCCCAAAAAAUUGCUUAAAAUAAAAUAUUAAGAAAGGCUUAUCUAAGAUCUAUGAAUAUGAAAAUCAAGUAACGCACUUGAUACUUAAACUGUAAGACGAAGAAAGAGAAGAAGGAGGUGGAAAAAUAGAGAAAAGAAGGAAAGAAAAGAAAAUGAAAAAGAGGGCACAUGGUAGAGAAUAGAAAAUCAAAUCCAAGGGUUUUUUUCCUAGACAGAUAUUGAUGAAUUUUUUAUUUAAUGUCACCCCAUAAUGAUGAUAAAGUUAAAUUGCAAAAUACAAAUAAAAGGCUUAACAUUUCCAAUCCCUUUUAUCUUGAUUCAUAAAACAUAUUAUCAACAAUUAAACUUGAUAAUAAAUGUUCCAUAUAGUAAAGAUAUAAAAUCUCUGUUUGAUUUAUAAUAUUCAUUGCUUGAACAUUGAUUGAAAAAGACAAUCACAGUGUUUUAAAAAAAAAAUGAGCAUCUUAAGUGUAAUUUUAGCUAACAAAUUAUUAACCUUUUUCCUGAUUGCAAGUGUAGCUUUUUGUAUAUCUACAAUUAGUUUAGGCGUUAAUGUAGCCCGUUUAAAAACAGAAUUAAAUGAAAGAGAUAAUAAUACAGAUACUACUACAACAUCUACAACAAUGCCUUCGACUACAAAAACACCUACUGUAGAUGUUUCAAAGUAUAGAUUACCAACUACAGUUAAGCCUACUUUGUAUGAUUUAUUUUUGUAUCCAGAUUUUGCUACAGGUCUUUUCAAUGGCACAGUUAUCGUAUCAUUGCAAAUUUCUGAACCCACCGACACUAUAGUGCUGCACACUAAUGGUCUAAACAUCACUAGUGUCUCUGUGAAAGGGGAACAAGCAAAUUUUGAUGUAGAAAAGUUGUACGAAAUAGUGACCAUCACUAGGAAGAAUGGAUUGAAAUUUACUACAUUGUUUGAUACAUUGUCGAUUGAAUUUAAUGGCGAUAUGAAAAAUAGGAUCGUGGGGCUUUAUACUAGUAGUUAUACUAAUCAAGGAAAAGUGACCCAAUAUUCACGUGAGCAUGGUACUAUUAACUGCAUUCUGGUAAUAAUGUCGUGCUGCGGACAAGGUACUGCCGUUGAUAAAAAUCAUGCCGAAAAGAACGGGAAAAAGUGUCUCAUGUGCUUAUUCAGUUGUUGCAUUUUUUGGUUUUUGUUAUGCGCUAUUUUAGUGACUGUUUUAGUGUUUGUCGGUAGACAUUUGUUGUAUAAUAGUGUGCCAAUAGAAAAAUUGAAGCCCUAUAGUGAUUUGAGCAGUGUUAUGAAAAUAAGUGAAAAACGGUAUAGGAGACUGGCAAACGAUACUAGACCGAGUUUGUACAACUUGACUUUAUUGCCGUUUUUGGAUCAAAAUUACUUCGAUGGUUUUGUGAAUAUUUCGCUUGAAAUAUUCAAUCCUAAAAGUGAAUUGUUUUUGAAUAGUCAGAAACAAACAAUAUUUUCUGUGGUACUUGAUUCUGAUAAAGGGAAAAACUAUGAUCUUAUCAGUGUAACGGAAAAUUUGAAGUAUGGAGUGUUGAUAAUCACUCCAAAGGAGAAAAUUUUCCCUGGAAAUUAUACAUUGGGGAUAAAGUAUAGAGGGCCUUUAGGCAAAAGUUUGGCAGGAAUUUAUAAAAGUCAUUAUAAAUUUGAUAAUAAAUUGAGAACAAUGGUCACAUCAAAGUUUGAACCGACUUAUGCGAGACAAGCAUUUCCAUGCUUCGACGAGCCUAACAUGAAAGCCAAAUAUAUUGUUCACCUGUUGAAACCUAAAGAUGAAAACUAUAUUGCAUUAUCCAACUAUCCAGUUGAAAAAACCACAUCAUAUGAUGAUAGUCAUGAUCUUGUGACUUUCCAAGAAACUGUUUCGAUGUCGACUUAUUUAACAUGCUUCAUUGUAUCAGAUUUUACUUAUACCAACACUACUUUUGAUAAUGAUGGUAAUCAGACAGAAUUAAGAGUCUAUGCUAGUCCAGGUAAUUUAGAAAAAACCACCUAUGCAGGAGAAGUAGCCAAAAAAGUCAUUGAAUACUAUGUCAAAUAUUUUGGAAUACCUUAUCCAUUACCAAAACUAGAUAUGGUAGCUAUUCCAGAUUUUGUCUCAGGAGCUAUGGAACAUUGGGGUUUGGUCACCUAUAGAGAAACAGCUCUAUUAUAUACAAACACUACACACUCUACAGCCAAUAAACAGCGUGUAGCUACAGUUGUUGCACAUGAAUUGGCUCAUAGUUGGUUUGGAAAUUUAGUUACAAUGGAUUGGUGGAACGAUCUUUGGCUAAAUGAAGGUUUCGCUAGUUAUAUUGAAUUCAAAGGAACUGAUGCAGCUGAGCCAGACUGGGAAAUGAUGACCCAAUUUCAAACUUCAGACUUACACUCAGUGUUGUCUUUGGAUGCAACUCUAUCCUCACAUCCUAUAGUUGUAACAGUUACUACUCCAGAUGAAAUUACAUCUAUUUUUGAUACUAUUUCAUAUAACAAGGGUGCUUCAAUAUUGAGAAUGUUAGAAGACACGGUUGGUGCAACAAAUUUCCAAACAGGUGUAACCAGUUACUUGAAUAAACAUAAAUACGGUAAUGCGGUGACUCAAGAUUUUUUGAAUGAAAUCCAAGCUGCUGUUGGUACCACUUUUGAUGUCACACAAAUGAUGGAUACUUUUACUAUACAAAUGGGAUAUCCGAUUGUCAGUGUUACUUAUGAUGCUGUAUCAAGGAACUAUACGUUGACUCAAAAGCGAUUUUUGAUUGAUUCUAAAGCUAUUUAUGAGACUAAUACUACUUAUGGGUACAAAUGGACUAUCCCUGUGAAUUAUGUCAGCAACCUAGGAAAAUCCCAAGGCCUGAUUUUGUUCCCCUACAACCAAGAAAGCAUAACCGUCCAAAGACCAGAAGGUUCAACUUGGCUAAAAUUCAACUAUGACCAAAUCGGUUAUUACAGAGUCAACUACGAAGAAUCCGAAUGGAAAAAUCUCAUAAACAUUUACAACAGUUUGGAAACUAUGGACAGAACUCACCUUUUGGAAGAAACUUUCAGCAUUGCAGAAGCUGGACAGUUAUCUUACAAAAUUGCUUUGGAUUUGACUCAACAAUUAACCAACGAAACUAGUUACGCUCCUUGGACUGUAGCACAUUCGAAGCUGAAAAAAAUCAACACUUAUUUAAGCAAUUCAAACCAAAGUACAGCAUUCAAAACUUACAUUCGUAAUAUUGUAUCAAACGCUUAUCAAGAUUUUACAUGGACUGAAGCAGAUAAUGAUAGCCAUUUAAGAAGACUGACUCGUAUUGUAGUUUUGAGUUUAGCUUGCACAGUAGAUCAUACGGAAUGCUUAUCGCAAGCCCAAGAGAAAUUUAAUACUUGGAUUAACGACACUAGUGAAGCAUUAUCGCAGGAUUUACGAAGCAUUGUAUACAAAUAUGGUAUGGUGAAUGCUGAUGAAGCUACUUGGAAUAAAUUAUUGCAAGUUUAUUUGUCCGAAACCGAUGCAAGUGAGAAGUUGAAGUUGAUUAAUGGUUUAGCCAAUGUGAAAGAUGUUUCUUUGCUAAAAAGGCUUUUGGAAUUAGCCAAAAACGAAUCAGUUGUAAGAGGCCAAGACUAUUUCACUGUCCUAGCAUACAUUUCUUCAAAUCCUGUAGGCACUGAUUUGGUCUGGGACUUUGUCAGAGAAAACUGGGAGUAUUUGGUAGAGCGGUUUACUUUGAAUGACAGAUAUUUAGGAUCGAUGAUAAGGACUGUUACUGCCACGUUUUCAACACAGCAAAGAGUGACUGAGAUGAAGGAAUUUUUCGCGAAAUAUCCGAACGCCGGUGCAGGAGCUUCUUCGAGACUGAUUGCACUUGAAAGUGUACAGAACAAUAUUAAUUGGUUGGCAAACUACAAGUCUACAGUUGAAAGUUGGAUUAUAAGUUUGAAUGAAUCGUGAACAACUUACAGGAAUUGUAAUUGUGUCUAUUUUUAUAAAUAUAAAAUUGUUAGUUUUUUCUAUAUAAAUUUGUUUUUGUUUUAGCUGUG